AUCUCUAUAACCAGUGUUUCAUGGAGUUUUCUUACCUUUUUAGGUUAUAGCAUUACAGGUGUUCUGCAGCGUUAUAACCCUCGUGUCAUUUUUUACCACACUGUACACAGUUUUCUCGCGUGGACCUUAUCCAACAUCAGACGUUUUGUAUCCUAUUCUGUGGACUGUUACAUUCCUUUGUGCCACGUAUACACAUUUCCUACGGAAGCAGUCGGGUAUGGUUACAUCGGGGAUUCUCCAUCUGUCUGCAAUGUGCUUUGCUGUCUGCGGUGCACCACAGUUCUACCAAAACAUUAGGGUAGGAAAUGAGGUUAGCCUUAAAACUUUAUUUACACUUCAUUUUUGUUAUUGCGAAGACCCGUCAAGUCUUUCAUCUCCUUUGUGCAUAGCGUAUUUCAUAUGGUAUAUUUCCGUACUUAUCUACACUUUUCUUAUGUUCUUUGCGGAUCCACGGGACCCAUUUCAUAAAGCGAAUGUUGAAUUAGACAGUUCGUUUUUCAAUCGUCUCACACUGUGGUGGUUCAACCCAAUUCCAUGGAAAGGGGCUCGCAAGGAUUUAGAGGCAAAUCUUUUCGAGCUGAACGAAGGAAGUACGACGAAGUGUCUGAGUGAUCUCUGGGAGCUACACUGGAAACUACGUCUAGCAGAGUACCAUCGUAAAGUAGAUCUGCGAAAAAGUUCUGCUGGCAGUGGUGAACCUAGUGCCCCAUCAGUAGUGGCAUGCCUCUUCGCAAUGUUUCGUUGGGAGUUUCUCACAGCAACUGUUCUUAAAGUAAUUAGUGAUAUCUUGCAGUUCGCGAAUCCAUUUUUACUUCAUCAACUCAUCGGCUUUGUGUCUGAUCCGAAAGCUGCUCUUUGGAUUGGUCUUGCCUAUGCAGUUUUAAUGUUCGCUGCAUCAGAGGUGCGCUCAUUUGUACUCAAUUCAUAUUUCUAUAUAAUGUUCCGUAUGGGAGUUAAGUUUCAAACUGCCCUAACUGCGGCUAUCUACAAGAAGACAUUAAAUUUGUCUAAUUCUGCUCGAAGAGACAAGACUGUUGGUGAAAUCGUGAAUCUGAUGGCUAUAGAUGUGGAACGGUUCCAGUUGAUCACUCCUCAAAUCCAGCAGUUUUGGAGUUGCCCCUUUCAGAUAACUUUGGCUCUAAUUUUUCUAUUCUUUACACUUGGCUACUCAGCUGCACCAGGAGUUAUUGUUAUGAUAAUAUUCUUACCAUCAAAUAUAAUAUCUUCCGUAAUCGUGAAGAAGUGGCAGGUUGCACAAAUGAAACUUAAAGAUGAACGAACGAAAAUGAUCAACGAGCUACUCAAUGGAAUUAAGGUUUGA